GUAAAAUGGCCUCCGCAGUGUAUAGAAUUCGAGCCGAGUGACGCCAGGCAACAGUGAACAGAACGUGCAUUUAACCGUAUUCACGUCAUUAUGUCUCCGUGAACUCGGUAUAACACGAGCAUUCUAUCCAGGAUUGACAGAAGCGUGUUGUGAUUGCAACAGGAGAACGGCCCAUGAAAAUGUCCACAUGCAAUAACUUACGGAUGAAAUAUUAAUUUGUUUUGCCGAUUGUGCAUUGUGCAUGAGCAAAGGGAAGCAAGUUGGGAUGACCAGAGCAGCAGACGACACUCUGACAACGCACCACAGAGCUGUGCAUAUAGUGAAGUACACGGAUUCAUUCUCACUACUGAUCGAUCUCCACACUGUCUAGAAGCGCUCUCGUACACCUGAUUGUAGUGGGAAGUGGGAUGAUGAUUUUAAUAUGAUUCCCACCGCUAAACGCCUGGAGCAGGCCAGUGUUUCACUCUAACCGAUGUCCAGUAUGGGUCAAGUGAAGAAGAUGCAUCGACUUGUGUUGAGGCGCAUGGGCGUGACCUCCACCUACAACUUCCUGGUCAUGUGUAUCUGCGUGUGCCUAACAGUGUAUGCCGUGUGCUACUUCCGGGUAGAUAAAUCUAAACACCCGUCACCGGAAGUCGUCCUUAGGACAAACAGGACCUACAAAAUGAUUCACCUUCAUUCCUUCCCGUGGUAUUACGAGCUACAAAUGGGAGAGAAACAUUUCGAGGGAUGUCCAGUCAGCAAUUGUGUGUACGUGGACAAACCAGAAACAAUUCCCGAAAGCGACGCGAUCAUGUUUUACACCGACCACCAAGCCGGGAACGCUCCGCCGGCGAAGUCCCCUGGACAAAUCUGGAUCUUUUUCUCUGUAGAGAGCCCAGUUCAUUCCGGUAACACUGGUUUUGGUGGUCCAUCGUGGGAGGGGAAGUUCAACUGGACAAUGAGCUACCGCCUAGAUUCGGACAUUAAAUUUGGCUACGGGGACGUGGUGCCUGGUGGGAUCAAUGGAACCAAAGAUUAUGUUGCCAUAGCUUCGAGAAAGAAGAAACACGUAGCAUGGUUCGUCAGCAACUGCAAUACCCAAAGCCAAAGGAUGAAAUAUGUGAAGUUGCUACAAAAUUACAUCCCAGUCGACAUAUACGGUCAUUGUGGAAAGUUAAAAUGUGAGCGUGGGAGAUCUGGAGAGUGUAUGAAGAUGCUAGAGCAAGAUUAUAAGUUUUAUUUAUCUUUCGAAAAUUCUUUAUGCCAAGACUAUGUCACUGAAAAAUUAUUAAAAACGUUGAAAACCGACAUUGUGCCUGUCGCAAGAGGUCUGGCCGACUACUCUGCCUUGUUGCCUUCAUCAAUGAUGGCCAUUGUCACGGAGGACUUCGCAUCGGUGAGCGAUUUAGCAGAACGCCUGAAUUAUCUGGCUGAUAAUGUGGGCGAAUAUGUGUCCUAUCUCAAGUGGAAGGAUUCGUAUCAUAUUGUCGAGCCACAACCCUUUCCCCACUGUUUGUUAUGCGAACGAGUUCAUCAACCAUCGCAGUGGUCCAAUGUCUACCAGAACGUUGCUGACUGGUGGGGAAGGGGCCGAUGCAGCGAAGCUAAGGACAUCAGUGCUUGAUGCAGACACAAAAAAGUUUAGCCCCAUCACUUCUCUCUGGGACAUGUUCAAUAGAAAAUGUGAUCAGAAGCUUCUGAGUGCUACCCAUUAUGAUAUAUCUAAUCCAGAAGCACCAAUGUCAAAAGAUAAUUCUACCCGGAGGGAUCUGGUAAUGACACCUUUGGUUCUUUUUUAAGGGAAUCGAGUCGCCACAGGUCCAAGAUGAUCCUUUUAGUGUCAGGUGCGUGUGGCUUUGCGUGGAGACGGGAACUUGGAUAGAUGUCACACAGAAUCCACAAUUUGUUAAUGAAAGCGCUUGUAGGACUAGAAAUCGGUUUAUUCUCAUGUAUGCUGAUUUGAAUAAUAUAAUCAAAGUUUGCCCUAAUAUAAUCAAAGUUUGCCCUAUUAAGCCAUAAAUGUCAUGUGGUCAUCCCAAGGGAGACUCCAUGGCAAUCCCAAUCCUUCUUAUUUUUAUCUCAAAUCUCAAAUCCUAUAUUUCUUUCAGAAAUGCUCCUCGUCAGUUCUGUCAGAAGUUAACACUGCCAUCGAAUUUCAUUUUUUAAAUGAAAAGUUGUGUAAGUGCACUGGACUACUUCUUUAAACUCUUGUUUUUCGUUCCCCUAAAAUAUUGCUUGACUCAUUUGUCAGUAAAGAGAUGUGUUUCUUAAAGGAAUGACCAACACUUAGCUCAGUCCCGAGUCUCCCAUGUUGAACACAUAUUGCAGUCGUUAAUGUUGUAAUGACAGUUGGUAAAUUCAUUAUCAGAGUAUGGAAAUAAACAUGGCAGACCAUAUUAAAGGUAUCCAUCAAGCACUACAUCCAUGCGCUGCUUAAUUUCCAAACGAUUCUUUCAAUUAUUGUGCAACUCUCAAAGUCAGUGUUUUGCUCGAGUUUGGGCUUUAACCCAGAUGUAUUUUACAGAAAAGGAAUUUCGUAGUGGCGUGCUGAGGUUUAGGUUUUAAUUCAGGUCUUCCAGAGUUUUGAUAUCGCUUGAUUCCUCCUAUAAAAGAAACAGACCAUAAAGACGGAAUGUGUAAAAGUUCGCAGUAUAUAAUGCAAUUUUGCCAAGCAACUUCUCCAAAGCAUUUCGUGCAGCCAAAAGUGUUGAAGAAGCUUCCACGGUAUAUAAUUAUAUAUUAUUGUAACACUUUGUCAACAUGUGAAUUUAUGGAGAUGUCACAGAAAUCAAAGCUCAUGUACCUACCCAUAAUGCACCCGAUGUAUAGCAUUGUUUGUUUGUUGUUUUACGCCGCACACAGCAAUAUUCAGAAUGUGUGGUUGUAGUCCAUGAUGUUCUAGUCGGUCUAAGCAAUACAGUGAUUGCAGCUUAACAACGACCAACAUGGAACGCCUUCUUACGACCUUUAAAGAUUGCUUGGGGCCUGUUCCAACCUGGAAUCUCCCCAUGGCGCACAAGGUUGUAGCCACACAUAUAGUCCAUCAAGAUUUUGUAUGCCCCAAUAUACUUUUUGAAUGUUUAAGUCAGUGAUGUACACAUUUGUAUUACCUGUUUUAUUUAUAUUCUUUUAUGUUGCUGUUACAUGGGAUGAUAUUUUUUAAAAAGCAUUUAUUUUAUGGUUGUCAACUCGAUGUAAAAAUCAAAAUUGUCGUCAUAUUCAUUAGCACUGGUCAUUCCGUAACACUCCGAUUCGGAGGUCAAUAAAAGGGACGAGAUUUAGCGAACACACCUUUGCCAUUACAAGGGGAAAAUUUCGUUCCAGGAUAGAAAAUGAAAACAUGUUUGUGGACAGUUUGGUUACUGCAACUUGUUAUUCACCUGUCUCUUGUAGUUGUCCAUUCCCCCUAUCACUUGACCACAUAUACGACCCACUUGAUGCCAACCUCCUUCCCCUUUCUACUCGAACACACCGGACCUCCUCUUCCUGGGACGGUGGGGAAGUCAAGUGGUUAAAGCGUUCGCUCGUCACGCCGAAAACCCGGGUUCGAUUUCCCACAUGGGUACAAUGUGUGAAGCCCGUUUCUAGUGUCCCUUGCCGUGAUAUUGUUGGAAUAUUGCUAAAAGCGGCGUAAAACUAAACUCACUGAUACAACAGCCACACAAACACACCUAGAAUUCGUGUAAGGGACCAUUUCACCACGACCAACGGUACCACCCUAACCCCCAUCCCGCUCAAAGACCAGAGUUCAGCAUGGAGUUGUCUUGUAUUUCUCGGGCACAUAUAGAUAAACAGGAACCCGUUUUAUGUGGGUUUUUUCAUCUGUAAUUAUGAUUUCCGAUUAAUCUAACGCAACACAUGCGCCCUGUUAUGUGGUUGUGGCUUGUAUACAC